UAAACAAUUAAUUGAUAUUUAUUGAAAUAUUGCUCUUUACACUUCUUUAGUAUGAAUUUCGCUCUUGUAACUUAUAUUACUAACAUCCAAUUAAGGGAUUUUUUCGAUUUUUUCUUAAAGUUAUUCGCUAUUUUAUAUAAUACUCUUAUCUUUUCCGAAUUUUAUUAUUACGCGGAUAUGUCAUCAUCUCAUGAUUGUUUAGAAGUUAUUCAAGACCUUGAAAAGGCUCUUGAAAAUGGAGAUGAUUAUGAUGUAAUCAUUAAAGCUGGAGGGAGUAGCAAGGAACUACGAGCUCAUUCAUUUAUGCUUCGUGCCAGAUGUUCAUAUUUUAAAAGAGCAUUAUCUAGUGAUUGGGAGGAAGUAGACGGCGACGGUAACUUUAUUUUCAAAAAACCAAAUAUCUCUAUUGAUGUGUUCCAAUUAAUUCUCAGAUAUUUAUAUACCGGAAUUGUUGAUUAUGAUCACAGCAAAGACAUAAUCUUGCAAUCCCUUAUCGCGGCUGAUGAACUAGGAUUGGAUAAAUUGGUCGGACGUAUACAAGAAUAUUUGUUAGAAAAUAAAGAAUUUAUAUAUAAGGAUCCCGUUAGCACACUUCGAGUCAUUCACCAACAUGAACCAUUGGAAGAUCUAAGAAAUUACUGUUUAGACAUAAUUAGCGAAGAACCAACAAUUCUUUUCUCGUCCAAAGAAUUUCCAUCAUUAGAAAAAUCAAUUAUUACCAUGAUACUUCAAAGAGAUGAUCUUAAUAUGAAAGAAAUUGAUAUAUGGGAUUCUAUUCUUAGAUGGCUUUUUGUUAAUUAUCUCAAGAUCGGCCAAGAUGACUCUAGGUGGACAUUAGAAGAUUUAAAAAAUGCUAAACAAAUUAUAACCGAAUAUAUUCCGUUAAUGAGAUUCUAUGAAAUCUCUAAGGAAGAUUUUUACUUAAAAGUGUAUCCGUAUAAAGAUCUUUUGCCUCAAGAUUUGAUUGAUGAUAUCCUUCGAUAUCAUAUGAUCCCAAAUGCUACUCCAAUGUUAAAUUUCAAGUCUCCUAGAGGUCGCAGAGUUGAUUCUGUUUUAAUUAAUUACAAUAUAUUUAAGCUCUUUGCGAAAUGGAUUGAUAAAAAAGAUGGCGAUUAUAAUAUGCCAUAUCAAUUUACUCUCCUUUUACGUGGAACAAGAGAUGGAUUUGAUGCUACAAAGUUUCAUCAAUUAUGUGAUAGCAAAGGAGCUACAGUUUCUUUUGCAAGAAUUAAGGAUUCAAAGCAAAUUAUUGGCGGCUAUAAUCCUUUACAUUGGUAUCAGAAUAGUCAAUAUGGUAAUUCAACUGAUAGUUUUUUGUUUAAAAUAAUAGAUAGUGACAACCUUAAUUCCGCUCAAAUAAGUCGUAUUUGUAAUAGUCACGGCAACGCAGUAUACUAUCACCCUAGUUAUGGUCCAACUUUUGGUAAUGGGCAUAACUUGUGUGCACAAGGAAAAACCUGGUCUUCUAAUAAUGGAAACGCUUAUUCUAAUAUUGGCAUCCCAAGUAGUUUUACGAUUGACGAAUAUGAAGUAUUUCAGGUUACAAAGAAAACUUAAUUUAAAAAAUUGAACUUUUGAAUUUUUUAUUAUUUAAUUUGAGAUUUUGAAUUCGAGACUUUUAUAUGUUUAAAAUUAAAAUUUCUUAAAGACCAGAAUCUAAAUGUUCCAUCUACAGUAUGUACUUCUAUGUCUUUGACAUACAUAAAAUUCUUUCAAAGUGAUUAAAAAAUACCUGUUACAUGAAACAUUAAUCGUCUUUUUUUACGAUUAUAAUAUAAUAAUUCACAUCUUUUUAUUUUAUUAAUAAAAUUCAUGGUUAUAUAUGUUUGAAUAUCGU